CUCCUGAUAGAGUUCCUGAUUAUUUUUAUCUACUAGAUAAUGUCAAAUGGAGUCUUUUCACCACCUGAUAAAAUUAUCUUCCAGAUAAAUAGCUCUUAUUCGGCAGAUACACUAUUCGGAACUUUAAGUUCCGGAUAGUCGCCGAUUCUUGCUGAUAUCUGACGGCGACAACCGAUGGCGCAGCGAACUUGCGCGAUUGUUUCAAAUUCACCUGCCCAUUUCUGCCAAAGACGGUGUUUACUUAUUAAACCAAAUGGACUGCGACCAAUUCAGACAAACGGGCAAAGACAUGAUCGACUACAUCUGCAACUAUAACGAAAACCUCCACACCCGCCGCGUGACCCCCAACAUCGAACCCGGCUACCUCCGCAAACUCCUCCCCGAAGAAGCCCCCCAGAACCCCGAAGACUGGACUUCCAUAAUGGCCGACGUGGAAGCCAAAAUCAUGCCAGGCGUGACCCACUGGCAGCAUCCCCGCUUCCACGCCUAUUUUCCAUCAGGCAACUCGUUCCCGUCGAUCCUCGGGGACAUGCUCUCAGGCGGAAUCGGCUGCAUUGGAUUCUCAUGGGCUUCCAGUCCGGCCCUCACAGAACUCGAAACCAUCGUUCUGGACUGGCUGGGCAAAGCUAUAGGUCUACCCGACCAGUUCCUGGCUUUUAAGGAAGGAAGUCGCGGCGGAGGAGUCAUCCAGACGUCUGCCAGUGAAUGCGUCUUGGUCUCUAUGUUGGCGGCGAGGGCUCAAGCUCUCAAGAGGCUGAAACAGCAGCAUCCGUUCGUGGAAGAGGGGUUGUUAUUGUCGAAGUUGAUGGCGUAUUGUUCAAGAGAGGCGCAUUCGUGCGUGGAGAAGGCGGCGAUGAUUUGUUUUGUGAAGUUGAGGAUUUUGGAACCGGAUGAGAAGUCGGCGUUGAGAGGAUCGACGCUUAUGAUGGCCAUGGAAGAGGACGAAACCAUGGGCCUCAUCCCCUUCUUCGUGUCCACCACCCUCGGCACCACCUCGUGCUGCUCCUUCGACAACCUCGCCGAGAUCGGGCCCAUCUGCCGCAAAUUCCCGUGCGUUUGGCUCCACGUCGACGGCGCCUACGCCGGCAACGCUUUCAUCUGCCCGGAGCUCAAGUACCUCCUCUCUGGGAUCGAGUACGCGGACUCCUUCAACACCAAUCCCAACAAAUGGUUGCUGACCAAUUUCGAUUGUUCCACGAUGUGGGUACGUGACCGGAUUCGGUUAACAUCCGCAUUGGUGGUGGAUCCGCUUUAUCUCCAGCACGGGUACUCCGACGCGACUAUCGAUUAUCGGCACUGGGGAGUCCCGCUGAGUCGCAGAUUCAGGUCUUUGAAAUUGUGGUUUGUAUUGAGGAGUUAUGGAAUUUCCGGGCUGCAGAACUACAUUAGGCACCAUAUUAAAUUGGCGAAGAUUUUUGAGUCGCUGGUGCUGCAGGAUAAGCGAUUUGAGAUUUGUAAUGAUGUUAAAUUGGGGCUGGUUUGUUUUAGAUUGAAAGGGUCGGAUAAGAUUAAUGAGAAGUUGUUGAGUGGGAUUAAUGCGUCGGGGAAACUUCACAUGGUUCCGGCGAAUGUUAAUGAUAAGUAUGUGAUACGGUUUUGUGUGGUGGCACAGAAUGCCACUGAGGCUGAUAUAGAUUAUGCGUGGAAGGUAAUUAGGGAAUUUUCUGAGGAACUUUUAGAGAGCCAAGCGGAAAAAGAACAGGAGUUGCAGGACGAGGUGUUUGAACUCCUCGAGCGAAAGAAGAAGGAGACUCUGGCCCACAAAAGAUCGUUCUUCGUGCGGAUGGUCAGUGAUCCGAAGAUCUACAACCCGUCGAUCGCCAAAGCCCUCCCGGCGACGAGGAGACACCUCACGGAGGCCGCGGAGUCUCCGGAUGGAAACGUCACCGUUCAGCCUCCUCUAAGCGCCUCGUGGAUUAGCUGGCCCCUGGCAUUUUUAUUCCAGGGCAUCGCCGAGGAUGGAUCCAGCAGCGACGUUCCGAUCCGAUUCCGUCAUCUCGAUACCAAGGUUCGGUUAAAGGCGGCUGGGAAAUCCGGCAACGGUGGUCAGUCGCCGUCCCCUGAGGGUGACAACAGCAAGUCGCCGAAACGUUCGCCGGUUUUGAACCGAAAAUUGCACUCUACCCACACCCACGAAAAUCGCUAAAUCAGUGUAAUGCUUUCCGUACAAUAAUUAUAAUAAAUUAGGCUU